AUGGACCGCACCUCCAAGUCCCAAUUCAAAGCAGUUCUAUCUGCUCGCGCCAACGAUGGACGUCCUUCAGACUUGGAAUUCCUACUUCGCUCCCACUGUCAAAAGAUCAAGGUGGUGAAAAAACUCUCGGGAGCCCAUUUGAUGAUCAAACAGGACAAGACAACUCUCGCUGUUCGAGCUUACUUUUCGCACGACAUGCAAGAAUUGAACGAGAAGGAGAAUGAAGAAAAGGUAUAUGGUAAAGACGAAGACGACCAUGACUUUGAUGACCUAUCUUCCUUUUUGAAAGGCUUCAAAGUGUCAAUUAUUUUCUUUAUUUUGCCAAUGGAAGAACAGCGAAAGCAACUCGACGAUCUACUGUCGUUCUUUCAACGAGCCCAAAAGCUGGUACAGCAACUCACACGAAACGAGGUGGGGAAAGUUGCUCGGGUGUGCCUACUCUCGAACCCUGCCAAAGCCGUGGACCUGCUUCAUUCCUUUGCCAAAGUGCUGCAUCCUUCGACCGAAGAACGGAAACAAAAGUAUUUUGCUCAAAAGCACAAGCAGCUCUUUCUUCCGCAGCCAACACUCAUCCCACCGACCAGUCAUGCCGAUGGAGCCAAACACGUUCGUGAGACUAUUGCGGCUUGGGCCGAUCGCUUUGAAUUUCCUCCCACCGAAGCGGAGGUCUUGUGCAACAUGACGAAGAAUUUGCAAACGAUUGCUUCGGCAGACAGCGGAGUCUUGCAAGGGAUUCCAUUGGAUCCACGUACCAAACAAUGCAUGAUGCAAUUCUUUGGGACGGGACCUUUGGAGCAGGAGGAGGAGCCAAUGCCGUCGCAGCAAAUUCAUCUUGGCGUCGAAGAUCCACCAACGAGUCCGCUUACGAUUCCCGACAUGAUGCGGCAACAUCAAAUGCAUCAAAUGCAGCAACUCCAGCACCAGCACCAGCACCAGCAAGGACAAGCAUUUGCCAAUCUUCAAUCACAACAUCCGUCGCAACCGUCGCAGCGACCGUAUUCGACCCAGCCAAUGCAAAAUGCGCCCAUGAUGCGGCCACAGUCUCAAAUACAUGGUCAAAUACAUGGUGGACCUCUAGCAAGAUUCGGUUUCAAUCCAAAUCCAACUCCUCCAACUCGCACGGUAGCUCCAACGCAUUCGCUUGCACAAUUUCCCAGUCAAGGGAUAUCUUCCUCCGUGCACUCUCAUUCUCAACAACAGCAACAACAACAGCAGCAGCCCGCCAGUCAUGGCCGCUUUGGACCGCCGACAAGAACUGUUUAUCAAGAAACCAGCAUCCUUACGGCAGCAGCGUCUAUUCCAACUCCUCACCAGAAUGCCCACCACUUCCAUCCACAAGUGGUGUCACAUGAAAUGCAAUAUCCCAUGUCGAAUCCUCCAGGUUCUACUGUGACGCAACACCACAACCAUCACCAUCAGGAGCAGCAGUCACGAGGGCCAUCCUACAGUAUGGAGCCAACUCCGCAUCAUGGCUUCCAACAAUCCGUUCCUCCUCAUCAAGGUCGUCAAUCAUCGACAUUGUCCUAUCAUCACCCAUCGCAGCAAUCUGUGGCCAGUCAUCAGCAGCACCAUCAUGCAAUGCACCACCCGAGUCACAUGACCCCUUCAGUCAACCCACAAAUGAUGAUGUCGCCAUCCUACUACUACUCCCACCACCAACAGCAGCAGCAGCAGCAACCUGUCACGACCAGCACUCCCAGGAUGAUGGCACGCCGAACAAUGCCUUCCUCUCAUCGCAAUCACCCACAACCAGCCUUUCCUCCACGUCGUCAAAGACGUUUUGUUCCUUGA